AUCCAUUCUGACUCCAUGAGCCGGGUACGUGAAGAAAGCAACAAGCAACAAGCUAAGGUCGGUGAUCAUCCGAGCUAAUAAUCAGCAGAUCGAUCUCGCCGAACACACAAACAAGCACGAUGAGGCCGCAGGUGCUGUUCGUCACACUGGCUGCCCUCGCCGUGCUCGCCGCUCUGCCACUCGGCGGCAAAGGGCACGGGGAGGAGGAAGGAGGAGGAGCGGCGGCGGUCGGCAGCAGGGUCGUCGGCGCGAGCGUGAGCUCGUGGUGCUGCGACGAGUGCGGCGACUGCUUGCCGAUGAGCCGGGUGUGCCAGUGCAAGGACAAGUCGCGGUUCGGGUGCCACUCGUUCUGCGUGGUCUGCCUGCCCGUCCCCGGCGACGACGGCGAGUUCACGGGCUUCCAGUGCAUGGACUACAGGUUCGGCAUCUGCCAGCGCAACUGCACCACCCCCGCUGCCGCUGCAUGAUCGAGAUGCAGAUCGACGUGAAAUAAGUAGUAGGGAUCGAUGCCUGCUCGUCGUCUCUCUCAGCUAGUACGUACUACUAUACUGCAUCGUGCUUGCUGUUUCUGGAAUAAGGAGCGAGCAUAGAUGUAUGCUCAAAGCUCUCUGUGUGGUGUUGUCUCGGCUAGCUACGUGCUGAGACAACAAUGUAAACAUGUAGUGUCAACCCCUGCUUGGCGUUUUGCUAGCAUCUCCAGAUCGAUGCAAAGAUGACGGAGAUGUAGUGCUUAUUACACCAGCAGCUUUAUUGCGCCUUUUGUUUAGUUCCCUUCCCUCUGCACCGUAUGCAGAGAACGAAGAAAUAAAGCUGGCGAUGCGGCCAUGUAAUGCUUGCUCGUCGUUUCCAAUA